AUGCCAAAGACACGUCGCCUCCUGAGGGAGGAAAUAACUUACUCCAAGGCUCAAAGGGAAGAAGUGGACAUACUUCUCCGACUUCAGUAUUACGAACGACAGCAGACAUUCUUUACUAGGCUGUCUGACAAUCCAGAAUCCAUCAAGGCCGUCGUAGCUCACCAUUUAGGACUUUCUUCGACAGACCGAUGUCAAGUAGCUGAUGUCAAAGGUUGGCUUCAUGGGAGUUUCAAUGUCUGCAUUCCUGUCACUAUCGAGAAUUGGAAGACAGAUCACAACCCGGAAGUCGAGUUCUCGUUCGGCUUCCUCUCCCACAUCGACUGGGCGAAGAAUUCCGCCCAGGAAAUUGUGACGAGAAGAUUCGAUGUGAAGCAGGCACAUACGCCUAGCUUGAAGAGAACUGCCCUGAUGUUCCUAAUCCGCGACUCUACGGCUUUGCUACUUCAGAUGGAGUCACUGUAUUAUAUUCUCUAA